CAGUUAUUUGGUAUUUGUUCAAAAAAAUCAGUGAAACCUGUAGUAAGUAUAGGGCAAUCAGAGAUCUCUAUGGGUACUAAAGACGAGAGGCGCUUGCCGCGCUGGUGGUCCGGCGGCAUCUGCUCGGCGAUCGCAGUGACCACCACCCACCCGCUGGACCUGGUCAAGGUGCAAUUGCAGACGCAGUCGCGAAAGGAGAGGAUGCCGGUGGGCGCGAUCAUCAGGAACAUCUACCAGAGAGGUGGUUUUUUGGGAUUCUACAAUGGCAUCUCGGCAUCGUGGUUCCGUCAGCUGACGUACACCACCACACGCUUUGCCCUGUACGAAGCUGGCAAGGAUUUUGUCGACGCCGGGAACAUGGGUGCCAAGAUGGGCCUGGCAGCCUUCGCGGGACUCGUUGGUGGUAUUGUGGGCGUUCCGGGGGACGUGGUCACAGUGCGGCUCCAGAACGACAGCAAGUUGCCGCCGGAAAGCCGACGUAACUACAAGAACGUGUUUGACGGCCUGUUCCGCAUUUACAAGGAGGAAGGCUUGUCCAGUCUCUUCCGUGGCACUGUGCCCGCCGUGUCGAGGGCCAUCUUGCUGACCAUCGGCACCAACGCCGCCUACGACCAGGUGAAGCAGAUGCUCAAGAACGCCACAGGAGCAAAGGAUGGUGUACCGCUGCACUUUGCCACCUCCACGAUAGCCGGAUGCAUUGCCACGGUCAUAACGCAACCGCUCGAUGUGAUUAAGACCACUUUCAUGAACGCCAAGCCGGGCGAGUUCUCCGGAAUUGGGGGGGCCUUUCUCAGCAUCGCCAAGCAGGGUCCGUUGGCCUUCUAUAAGGGCUUCAUUCCGGCCCUGAUACGAGUCAGUCCCAACACGAUCAUCACUUUUAUCUUGUACGAGCAGGCGCGACUCCGCUUCGGUUAUCUGCCGCCAGAUGCGAAGUGAUGCUCCCAAUUCCGUCGCCAUUUCGCUUUUAAAUUUUUAAUAUUUUAUAUUUUACAAAUGCACCGAAUCGGAAAUAAUCCGGAUCUAACAGACUGCCACUGUGCUCACUAGACCGCUGGACCACUGGAUCGCGGACCGCUGACCGCUGACCGCUGGUCAGCCUGCGCUGGGGGUCAACGAAUGCCGCUCACGGUUUAUAAAAUUUGCAUACGCUUAUGCAUUUCUGAGCAACUAACUAAGCACGUGAGCACCCAAUCCGCGGCGGUUAGUUAAGCCGGCUGCACAUUCGCCGCCCGUAAUUAGGGAGCGGGGUUAGCAAGGUGCUGGGGUCGCAACCCCGAACACCAAAAACUGAACCCGAAACCGCAGGAGAAACCGGAAGUGUUCGAGAAAAACUGGAAAACAGGCCCAGGAUCUUGUCUCCGCUCCAGAAACAUAAACACCGAAAGGGAAACUGUAUCACAAAAGUAGCAGGGUUAAAAUAAAGCAAGCUACUUUUUUUAAUAUAACUGGAUGUGGUAUAAAGGAUUAUUUUCAAAAGUUUUCAAGUUAGCUAAAUGUUUAUGAAAUUUCAAGUAAGAACUCCUACAAACAUUAAAUCGAAUGAAGUGCAAGUCACCAUCUGAUUCAAAACUUGUUUACUAUAUUACUUGAAUAAGUGAUUUAUAAA